AUGUCGUCAAAAGAAGAUGAAGACGAGAGGAACCGACGAUGCUCUCCCAUCAACAGCCAGCGAUUUAUCAACUUUCGAGAAACGACAAAGGACAAGCCAUCGUCGGACUCCCCUGAUAUCGCAACUCUCUCGACCGGCCCGCGUCUGUGGUGGACUAUUUUGCUCUCGACGGGCAUUAAAUGGUUCAUUGACCAGGGUCACAAUGCAGAAGUGCCGCGCCGUGCAGAGCGCCUUGAGCCCCAAGGCCGCCCUCCCAAUAUCAGCUCCCGUGCGAGCUCAACCUCACAUCCAGCGCAGGAACAUACAGGAUGUCUUCAUUACCCGGACUGGAUCUCCAAUUAUAAAGGUGCAGGGCGGACGUGUGGCGCCAAUGGCAACGGAGGGAAGGGGGGCACUUUCGCUAACGUCGGAAUCGUCACUAGGUCGUCUCUCGGAGACUUGGUAUGGGGAAACCGCAUUACGCCUGGAUGGGAUGGUUUGGCUGAUAUUGGUAUUUUCACAGCGCGUCAAGGAUGCACCGUUAUCGUCCCAUACCGAGAGGAGAUGACCAAACGGCACCUAAAGGUUACUGGAGAUCUGGGCAGAGUUGUUUUCAUGGAAUAUGACCUCCGCAACACCCAAUCAAUCGAGGAGAGCGUACGUCACUCCGACAUUGUCUACAACCUGAUCGGCCGAAACUACCCCACGAAGAACUUCUCUUAUGAGGAUAUCCAUGUUGAAGGAACAGAACGAAUUGUGGAAUCAGUUGCCAAAUAUGACGUUGACCGAUACGUCCAUGUUUCCUCGUAUAACGCUAGUCUUGACUCCCCUUCGGAAUUCUUCAGGACCAAGGCUCAAGGUGAAAACGUUGCAAGAUCCAUUUUCCCCGAGACCACUAUCGUCAGACCAGCCCCGAUGUUCGGAUUUGAGGACAGGCUUCUGCACAGACUUGCCAGAGUUACCAACAUCUUCACUUCCAAUCACAUGCAGGAGCGAUACUGGCCAGUUCACGCUAUUGACGUUGGCCGGGCUCUUGAAAUCAUGCUCAUGGAAGAAUGGACCACUGCCCAGACCUUCGAGCUCUACGGUCCCAAGAACUACUCUACCAAGGAGAUUUCCGAGCUUGUUGACCGUGAAAUCAUCAAGAAGCGCCGACACAUCAACGUUCCAAAGGCUAUCAUGAAGCCUGCUGCUUACUGGUUGAACAGACUCCUCUGGUGGCCCAUCACAUCUGCUGAUGAAGUUGAACGGGAAUUCAUUGACCAGCAAAUCGACCCAACCGCGAAGACCUUCAAGGACUUGGGAAUUGAACCGACUGAUCUCAACACCCUUACUUUCCACUACUUGCUUGGAUACAGAAGCUCCCAGUACGCAGAUCUACCACCAGCCACCGAGCGGGAACUCAGGGAGGAGAGAAAAUACCUCCACGUCCUGGACUCUCAAUAA